AAAUGCAGUACAUUACUGUUAAUUUUGGUUGGUUAAAUGACUUAGACGCAAUAUUAUGGUAUUUUACAGUAUUGAUUGCUCAAAGGAAAGAAAACAGUACUUUACAGUAUUUUUUGCAUUGCAUUUUGGGAACACAAGACUACAGUGAGCCCACACGUGUUUAAGGGGUGAUUUGUUCACCCAUCUUCAUCUUCUGAAUUAAUAGUGGGAAACCAACUGUAACUUUGACACCGAGUGCAGCUGGAUUUCUGAAACGGAUCUUCCAUAUUACAGGCUGAAAUGAUGUUUGUGUUCUGAUGAUGAUAGAAAAUCAUACACAUCUGGCAUGGCAUUAAGGUGUUUCAUCGGGAUAAAUCCUGAGAGAGGCACCAAGGCUGGACGAGGCAAAGUCCUGUCAAAGCAUACGGGGAAAGUCGCCCAGAAAAAGAUGACAUUAGUCAACCCUCGUGUCUCCAGUCUACUAAAGAAACGAAUGGACUUUGAGUGGGACUUUAUAUAAAUGCCGCUCCUAUUGAUGAAUAUGAUAAAAUUGUCGGGGGAUUUGAGUGUACUAAGAAUGGUGUUCCAUAUCAGGUUUCCCUGAAUAGUGGGUAUCACUUUUGUGGCAGCUCUCUGAUCAACAGCCUCUGGAUCAUGUCUGCUGCUCACUGUUACAAGUCUCAUGUUCAGGUUCGUCUUGGUGAGCAUAACAUUGAUGUUACUGAGAACACUGAGCAGUUCAUCAACUCUGCCAGUGUCAUCAGGCACCCUAGUUACAACAGCAACACUCUGGACAAUGAUAUCAUGCUGAUCAAGCUAAGUCAGGCUGCUUCUCUGAACAGUUACGUUCAGACUAUCGCUCUGCCUUCAAGUUGUGCUGCAGCUGGUUCUGAAUGCCUGAUCUCUGGAUGGGGCAACAUGAGCGCAAGUGGAAGCAACUACCCCAGCCGUCUGAUGUGCCUGUGGGCUCCUAUCCUAAGUGACACCACCUGCAGAAAUGCCUACCCAGGUCAGAUCACCUCCAACAUGUUCUGUGCCGGCUACAUGGAGGGAGGCAAGGACUCCUGCCAGGGUGACUCUGGUGGCCCAGUGGCAUGCAACAAAGUACUCCAAGGUAUUGUGUCCUGGGGCUAUGGCUGUGCCCAGAAGAACAAACCUGGUGUCUAUACCAAGGUUUGCAACUUUACUACUUGGAUCAGAAACACCAUGAACUCCAAUUAAUCAUCCAUAGAUGUUACCAAAUCCAUACUGUUCCAGUAUUG